AUGUGUUAUAAUGUUUCAAUAAAUAAUAUAUUUUCAUUUAUUGCUACUAAUGUUAAUUGUGAAAUCGUUGAUCAGACAGCAAGAGCUACAGAAAUUGCUAAAGCUUGUGAUGGUGAUCAGUCCAUUGAUAUCAUAGUUUUUAAUCGUACAUCAAACUCGUUCAAGUGCCAGAUUUCGUACGAUUGUGAACUUAAAAAUCAUGCUAAUACAUUGGCAAUAUUCAAGGAUGCUAAAAUUGUAACACAAUGCACAAUAAGAAAACAAUCGCCAACUAGCAAGGAAAAAACCAAACUUGAAAUCGCAUGCAAUCCUAUUACGGGCUAUGCUGGAAAAGACUGGAAAUUUGUAUUGGGUAGCAAAUCUGGAGUUAAUCAAACUAUUGGCAAUGAAACAUUUACUGUCACACUUGAUCCAUUACUUUUGACGAAGCUACCUAGUUUUGAUAUUACACUUGGUGAAGAAAUCACAUCGGCGUCAAUCGUUAUACCCGAUUGUUCUGAUAUUUCAGAAACUAAAUAUCUGAAUUUUCAAUGUUCGAGCGAUGACGAUGUAAAGAAACCAGUUACUGACACUUGCCAAGUUACAUGCCCAGUGAAAUCAGAUUCCACUUACAAUAUAUCAUUGAUUCGUCUUCCUAUACCAAUAUAUAAUAGAAAGGAAAUUGUCAAUGGUACAUUUCCAGAAGAACGACGCCUCGAAACUAUUCGUAUAGGUAAAUCUUGCCAGAAUGUUCACUCAACUGCUAUGAAAGUGAUGAAUCGGACAUCGAGUGUAUUCAUGUUCAACAUUUCGUACAAUUGUUUAAUUACAAAUUCUGCUAAGUUAGCUAUGUUUAAAGAUGACAAUAUCGCAAAACAAUGCAAAAUAGAUUUGACUUAUUUACCGAGGGUUGAGAAGACUAAUGUUAUAGUUACAUGUGCUAAUAUUAGCAAUCAUGCUGGUCAGAAAUGGGCAUUUUCAUUUGGUAGUAUGAAUGAUCACAAAACAAAUGUUGCCAAUGAAACAUUCAUUGUUUCACUCGAGCCACUUCCUUUGAAAAGCCUACCAAAAGUCCAACCAACAGUUGAUGAAAACAUUACUUUAGCGACGAUAUUUGUAGAGGGAUGUAAUCAAGUAGCAGAAAUGACACAUCUCUAG